CUGAUUCCGGUCCACAGAUGCUCGCUCAACGUCUUUUGUCGCGGCGCCUGCCCCAGGUUGCCCUUCGAUCUACCGUCCCCCGCGCUUCAUUCUCACAAGUUCGUGCCCUAAAGGCUGCCGAGAACGAUGACCCUUUGAUGAAUGGCGGCUACCAGAACCCUCCCCGAAUUAAGCGCCAGUUCAGAGACCCCAAUGCCGACUGGUGGGACAAGCAGGAGAGGAGGAAUUUCGGCGAGCCAGUUCACGAGGAGAAUGAAAUUCUAGGUGUCUUCAGUCCCGAGCAAUAUACUCAUGUGACUGCUCGCAAAGGUCUGUUGCAGCUUGGUGCUUUCGUUGUGACAUUCCUCGGGCUCUGUGGCGCCGUGAGCCUCUUCUACCCUGACAAGCCUUCCGCUCCUAGGACGUUCCCCGACGGUCUUGAGAAGGAGCUCGGAGGCCCAAAUGCUCUUCCGGUGGGUUACGAUCCUCGUAACUAA